AUGGCCCACUCCCCCGUCCCGUUGGUGUCAGGCCCGGCCCACACAGCCCACACAGAGCCCCCUCCCGCGGUGUCGGUCGCUCACACGCAGCAGCUGCUUCCUGUCCGUGGAGCUGCUGGAGUCCUGAUCCGUCCAAACAGUGACAUGCUCGCAGCGUUCUGCUCCAUCACCGCCACAAGCUGCAGAAUUGACUUUGCAGACUCGGUUUUCCACCUGGUGAAGGAGAAGUUCCGCUCUCUGGUGGGAGGCUGCGGCCCAGCGCUGAGCCGACACAAGUCUCUGGCUGGAAUCGUCAUGACCCGAGGUACGAAGUGA